CUUCAAACAGUGAAACAAAGAAAUUUUAUUAUGUCAAGAAUUUAGCUGUGAUUUUGUAUUUUUAUUUUUCAAAAUUUUUAUAGAAAUACAACAAUGUACUGGCGCCCUAAUAACAAAUAUUGGUAAUGGUGAAUGGCUGCAGCGGCAUGGAGUCAGAGGAAGAGAAGAAGAAACUGAACGAUGACCUGGUGGUGUUCAUGCGCAAACGCAGCGAAACUGACGCACCGCGAUACACCGCCAGGCUUAAAACCUAUGUUGACUUUAAACAGAAGCGUCGAAGAGCCGCAGCCGCGCGUCGUCACACUGACUACAGAUACAACCAUGACAGUUCGGCAACGAAAAAGAAGAAAAGUUCAGAGCCGAAUGAGAAGUCAGGCGACAGCACGCAACCUGCUACAACAGAUGGAGUUAAUAGGAGGCGCAAUGGUGAGAAAUUUAACCAUAAGCCGCGGUCGCCCUCUCGGUCCCACUCUGCCGAGCCUGUAGAUGCGUGCUGCAGGAGGCGGCGACGACGGGCCUGUCGCACACGAAGGCGAUCCUGUCGUCGUCGUAGCCGCCGUCGCCGCCGUCGCAGUUGUGGCCGACGGCGCAGGCGCAGUCGUAGUCGCCGCCGACGGCGCCGCAGCUGCCGCCGGCGCAGACGCCGUCGUCGUCGCUGUCGCAGAUAAUGAUUGCAGGCUCGAUGGAAUAGUAUAAAACAUUUCAUUCCGUAUGGCCGUAAAUUAUCAAAAUAUUAUACCAUUUAGACGAUUUAUAUAUAUAUUUUUAUUGAUUUAAAACUUCAUUGCUUUAUAUUUUUGAUACUUCUAUUUAUUCAAGUUAAUAUUUGUU